AUGUCGGAGAGCCCGGGGCAGCCCGGCGCCCCGCCGUCGGAGGGGAGCGACCUCCCGCGGGAAGGAGGCGAUGAGAAAGCGGCGGCGGCGGGAGAGCCGCAGCCCGGGAUGUCCCCCGAGGCGGCGGCGGAGCCCCCAGACGGGCCAUCCCCCGACGAGGCGCCGCAGCUGAGCGGGAAGGCGGCGGCUGGGCAGGAGUCGGCCGCCACGGUGGCCGUGCCCCCCGGGGGAAGCGGCGGGACGGGGAGCGGCUCCUCCGAGGAGACGGCGGAGACCCCGGGAGGGAAGGGCACGGGACAGCAGGCUCCGGCGGGGGCUGAGCAGCGAGACGCCGACGGGGACGGCCCCGCGGGCGAGGGUCUGUCGGGAGGGCAGCCGGAGGCGGCCGCGGAGGUGGACGCGCCUCAGGGUUCCGCGCCGGUGAGGGCAGACCCGGAGGACGCGACCGUGGCCCCAGCGGGGUCAGGGUCUGAAGAGGCAGCCCCGUCAGGGACAAAGCCUGAGGACGCGGCCAUGUCCCCGACGAGGACAGAGCCUGAAGAGGUAGAGACGGCCCCGGCGGGGACAGACCCUAAGGAGACGGUGAGGGAGGGAGUCUCAGAGGGGACAGAUCCCGAAGAGGCGGCGGAGACGUCCCCAUCAGGGACAGAACCCGAGGAGGCGACUGCGACAGUCCCGAACGAGAGAGAACCCGAGGAGAGGAAGGCGACAGUCCCGGAGGAGAGAGACCCCGAGGAGACGAAGGAGACAGUCGCGGAGGAGAGAGACCCCGAGGAGACGACAGCUAAUGUCCCGGAGGAGAGAAACCCCGAUGAAGCUUUAAGAGAGGAAGCCCCAUCGGGGCCAGACCUUGAAGAGGCAGAGCCGACAGACCCGGAGGAGAGAGCCCCCGAAGAGGAGGUGAGGGAGCCAGAACCGGAGGGGACAGAGCUCAAAGAAGCUGCGGUGACAGCCCCGGAAGAAAAAGCCCCCGAAGAGGCGGUGAGGGAGCCAGAACCGGAGGGGACAGAGCCCAAGGAAUCUGCGGUGACAGCCCCGGAGGAAAAAGCCCCCGAAGAGGCCGUGAGGGAGCCAGCUCCAGCGGGGACAGAGCCCAAGGAAGCUGCGGUGGCAGCCCCAGUGGGGAGAGACCCCGAGGAUGCGGUAAGGGAGGCAGCUCCAGAAGGGAACGUCUCAGAGGAGGCGGCGGCCCUUGUGGGGAGCGAAGUGGCUCCCGAGAGCCGCGGGGAAGCUGAGGCGGCGGUGCCGGCCGGAGGGGAAGCAGACGACGGACGCCGGUCGCCGGUCGGUUCCGACGGUGAGGACGGAGCGGAGACACCGGGGGCUGAGCGGGGAGACCGUGCCUCGGCGGUGGCAGAAGUGGGGAGCGCGGCCCCGGGGGUAGGGGAAGGAGGAGCGGAGGGGCAGCGCAGCCCGUCCCCGGUCCCCGAGGGCAGCGAGUGGGAUGAGGCGGGUCGGAGCUUGAACGGCGUGCAGCUGCGAGCAGAGGACGAGGAGGAUGAGACAGUCUCGCCGGCCGCCCUGGAGGUGGAAGACGAAGAGAAGCAGGAACAUGACAUCUCCCUUUUCGUCAAGGCUGGCAGUGAUGGGGAAAGUAUUGGAAAUUGCCCGUUCUCUCAACGUCUCUUUAUGAUUCUGUGGCUAAAAGGUGUCAUAUUUAAUGUCACAACUGUGGAUCUAAAAAGAAAGCCUGCUGACCUGCAGAACCUCGCCCCAGGAACAAACCCUCCCUUCAUGACAUUUGAUGGUGAAGUGAAAACUGAUGUCAAUAAGAUUGAGGAAUUCUUGGAAGAAAAGCUGGCACCUCCCAGGUAUCCCAAACUUGCACCAAACCACCCUGAGUCUAACUCUGCAGGAAACGAUGUGUUUGCAAAAUUCUCUGCAUUCAUAAAGAACCCAAGAAAAGAUGCUAAUGAAAAUCUGGAAAAAUCUUUGCUUAAAGCCCUGAGGAAGCUGGACAACUAUUUAAAUAGCCCCUUGCCUGAUGAAAUAGAUGCUUACAGCACUGAGGAGAUCACUGUUUCCAGCCGGAAAUUCCUGGAUGGAGAUGAGCUCACCUUAGCUGAUUGUAACCUCCUACCAAAGCUCCAUAUAAUCAAGGUUGUUGCAAAAAAAUACAGAAAUUUUGAUUUUCCACCUGAAAUGACAGGGAUUUCAAGAUACUUGAACAAUGCAUAUGCAAGAGAUGAAUUUACAAACACUUGUCCCGCUGAUCGAGAAAUUGAGUAUGCCUAUUUGGAUGUUGCAAAAAGAAUGAAGUAAAUAGAAGAUGAUGCUUCUUUAUUGCUUCUGGGAUUUAGAUGGGCACCAGCCAAGAUGGGAAAAAAAGCCAGCAUACACUGCAGUGUAAUUUACAGUUCUGCUAUUGGCCAAGCCUUCUUUUAUAAUCAUUGUAUAGCAUUACUUGCUCGUUCUUAAAUUAAGUAUGUGCAUGUUUGUGUGUCUGUACAGAUGUCUGCACACAUGAAUGUCUGUUGUGCAUUGCAAGUUAAAGGCAUCAGUCAAUAUUAAAGCAUUUGUUGAAGUUAGGGAAACACAACUAUAGCAAUAUUACAGACUAGUGACUUAGACUAAAUUAAUGAAUCCUGAGAAUAGCCCUGUUUCUAACAAACACACAUAUAUAACCUAUCGCUGCCUCUGAUCUCUGUUUCACAGUUGUUGCCAAAUGUCACAGUUACCGGGUGGGUUUCUGUUUGCUUCUCUGGAUGCCACCAGCUGGUGCCCAUGCAGUGCCCUGGUUAACUCACGAGAGAAGUCAGAUUGUAGGUGGGACAAUACCUGGUGUCCCAGAAGCCUUCUCCUCCAUGCUAGAGACCUGCAGGCAGGUCAACAAAGAACACAUCCUUUUCACAUUGUGUGAGUCUUCUUUGAAAUUAAAAAUAAAUUCCUGCCUUCUCCUCUUUCAGGGCUGCAUAACCCAUCAAACUUCUCUCCUGUUGCUCCCAAAAAGUGCAGCACAGGCUGUCCCAUGGACUGUCUGGUGAUAAAUCUUUAACAAAGGAGGAGGGAGAGACUUGGUUGUCACUGUAAACAGAAGAAAUGUGUGAUGUAGAUGGGUGAUCCUACUGAUGUAAGAUCUGUCUUUGUCAUCCUUCCAUAACUCUGACUUGGUUUUGGAAAGCAUAGAGGAGGAGAGGUUUUAAGAAAGAAAGAGUCCUUCUGUAUUUCCUUUUUCUAGUUGAGCUCCAGCAUACUGGCUUUUCCAGGGAAAAUCUUCAGACUUCAUUGCUGAGAACUUCACAGCUGAUCAGACAGAUAUUUAUGAGGAACAAGGCACAUCUACCUCCUGCCUUAGAUCGGAGCUGGAUUAGAUGAAUCCCUCCAGCCUUGCACGAGUCUGUGUUCAAGGCAUCCAGUGCUGGUGAGAAUCACCCUGUAGGCUGACCUCCAGGAGCACACUAUUAGAGGUGUAUGGACCCUGAAAAGUGAUGUCCACAGCUGCUUUCUGCUGAGCAGGCCCUCAGCAAGCACAUAGAAGUAGAUGGUGCAAUGCUUUAGUCAUAGGACCACCUGGAGGUUUCCUUUUGAUGGAUUUUGCCUGUGUGUAAAAAAUAGAUGUGAAAAUGGCUAAAAAAUAGCCUUUGUAGCACCUAGACCCUCAAAAAGACUAUUGCAGACUAGUUGGUAGUCCUUGCCCACAUCAGACAUGUGCUUGGUUUCUAAUAAAGCGCUAUGUAAAGGUAACAAUUGGCAUCAGAUGGAUUGUGUCUGCAGUGUCUUCAUCUUACAGUCUGCACAGUUCUGAUGCAAAUGCACUAUCAUCACAAUUAUUUGUAAGCAUUGUUCAGUAUGCAUUCUUAGUUUGCCUUUAGAGAAAACAGACACAGUACCUUUCCCCUCCCACCCUCAAUUGCGAACUCAUGUUGGGGUUGAUAGCUGAGCAGUCACUCAUCACAUAAUACUAACUGUUACUUUGUGUUUUCAAAUACAAACAUAUAUAUAAAAAUAUAUAAAAAAUGAAAUCUGUAUACU